UUUACGUCGCCAUAGAAACCUGCCAUAGCAACAUGCCAGGAUUUUAUACAUGUCUACAGAUUUACCUGCGCUUUAUUCAGCUGAACUAUGGGCAACAUGUACCGAGGACUUACUAAAACCAAGAAGAUCCCUGAUUGCAGCGUUUCAUCUUCAAUACCAACAAAAUACCAAACUGUGGUGAUAAAAAAUCAAGAAAAGAAAGGGUUUUCAUCUCAAGCAAAGAGAUUCCCAUCACAAGUCUGUCUGAAUGAAAACCCAGGACCAGGCAGCUAUGUUUGUGUGUCCAGCACUGAGGUUCAAAGUCCCUCUUUCUCAAAGAAAGGCACCACAGGCUUUGUUGCAUCCAAGGCUGCCAGAGCUUCCAGUGUCCCACAGAGAGGCAUACCAGGACCAAAUGCAUACAACCUGCCGGGCGGCUUUCUGAACAAAUACGACUUUAAUAUCGGAGUCUCCAGAGUGUUCAGAUUGCCUGUGGCUGUGCAGCUGGAUGGUCCGAAGCACAAAACUCCAGCCCCAAAUCAGUAUGAUGUCCAUUAUGGUAGUGCAGAGAGAAAGUUCGCGAUGGCCGGUACAUCAUCUUUCCUGUCAAAAACUGGACGCGACUCUUUUUGCUUAAACCAAAAUGUGCCAUCACCAUGCCACUAUGAAGUGAACAGCAACUUACUCCACAAUGGCCCCAAGGCAGUCAUGUCCCCCUUCAAAUCAAAAACUCAGAGAAACCCCCCUCAACUGGAUAAAGGUGUGCCAGGUCCAGGAGCCUACAGUCCACAUCAGACCCCUGCACCUGUGAAGAAAACCAUCCUCCCGAGGAGAUAUUAUCUGGCAAUAUCAGCGCCUCCUCUCAUUGUUCCUAAGGACCCUCCGUUGCCAGGCCCUGGGCAGUAUAACCUCAGGAAUUAUGACGGUCUGCCCAAACAUCCCGUGCCUACUGCUGCGUUUGCAUCCAGGACUGAAAGGAUACCCCAAGACUCACGGGCCAAUAUGAGGCCAGGCCCAGGUUUCUAUAAUCCACAGAUUCCGUCAAAGCAGUCCUUCUUUUACAACGACUCCAGGGUCUGGAUUCCUGUAUAAAGCUUUCGAGGAAAACUGCACAGCAAAUAUGUAAAUACAUCGGACACGUAAACUGUGAUUGUCUGUAAAAUGCUUCUAUACGAGGCCUGUGUCUGUGUUUAAAUGUGCAUGGGUUCAAAUAUGUCUGCCAUUCUUUUAAAUCAUAAAAAUGACAUGUUUGCAACUA